UUUCACAUCGAGAUUCGCAGAGAAUUAAAAUAAUUAAAAUGGAAGACUCGAGUUCGGACAUAACCUCCGGCCACGUGGCCAAGCAGUUGACUCCAGAAGAAUUAGAUAAAAUUCGUGCUCAAAAUUCUCGAUUGGUGCCGGAAAAUCGUGCAUUAUUGCUGGAAAAGGACGCGAAAAAAUACUGGGACCUGUUUUACAAGAGAAACGACACGCGGUUCUUCAAAGACCGACACUGGACGACACGUGAAUUCGAGGAAUUGGCGAACCGAGGCGGAUCAAUAUUCGAAGUCGGCUGCGGGGUUGGGAAUUUAAUUUACCCCUUGUUGGAGGAUGGAUUAAAUUUUAAGCGUAUUUAUGUCUGCGAUUUAUCACCGCGAGCUAUUGAUUUUGUCAAGAGUCAUUCCCUCUACGAUGAGAAUAAAAUAAAAGCCUUUCAAACUGAUAUUACCACGGAUAAUUGUUUUUAUCAGGUCGAUCAACACGUGGAUGUUAUUACACUUAUAUUUGUCCUAUCCGCAAUUCAUCCGGAUAAAUUUCACAUAGUCGCUGAUAAUUUAUUCAAAUGUAUGGCCAAAAAUGGAGUCCUGCUGUUCCGUGACUAUGGCCUCUACGACAUGGCUCAGCUGAGAUUCAAGCCAGGACACAAAAUCGCUGAAAAUUUCUACAUGCGGCAAGAUGGAACCAGGAGUUACUACUUUUCCGUUGAAGAACUCCAGAAGAUCUUCGAAUCCGCCGGAUUCGAGACCAUCACCUGCGAGUACGUCCACAGGCGCACUGUUAAUGUCAAGGAAAAAGUAGACGUUCCCAGGAUUUUUGUCCAAGCAAAAUUCAGGAAGCCUUGAAGCAUGAAACUACUGUGGGUUUAAUGAAAAGCCGUCUGGAAAGGUGAAACUGCAGAGAGAUCUAAUAAAGAACCACGAGAUCAAUUUGAAGAGAAUUCAAAAGUCAAAAGAACAAUCUCGCUCAUGCCAACGGAUAGGAGCCCUAAAUUAUUAAUUAAAUCCCUGGCACCUAUACUGAGGUGUUGAUCCAAUUGACGAGCUAUUCCAAUAAUAAUCCGGCUCACCCAUGGUCACUUGGCUGGGAUUUAAACUUGCGCAGCUUCCGCCUGUUGGUCACCUAAAAAUUAUAAAUUAAAUAAAUUAAUUCAUUUAUUCAAAUAAAAUAAAUUAUUUUUUAUAAUUAAAUACAAUUAACCUUGACGUCUUCUGUGAAUUAAUUUACCUAGAGGACACUUUGUACAAAAAAGACAGAGAAAUAAUAUAAAGACAAUUAUUAAAAUAA